CUUUGUGAUGUGCCUUUGUGCUAGCUGCUGUUGAGCCAAAGACUUCUGCCUGCUAUGCCCACUCAUGUACAUGUGUCAACUUGAGAUGGUUUAGCUCUGCUGCAAAGGGACAAAGUCUUCUCUCAAGCCUGAGUUUGAAAGGCUUUGUAGUCACUCACUGCUGUUUCUUGCUACCAUGAGGCUGGAAGUAGAGUGCACAUUUGCAAAUAAAUACUGUUUUUCUUCAAAUCUUUGCAGAAAUGGCUCAAGAAGAGAUGGAAGUUGAUCUCCAAGCAGAGGCUGGUUCCUCUGCAGAGAACCUCAACACGCUUCCCACAGAGCCCUCUGGUCAUGCUGUGCUGUCAUCCCAUGCACUGGUGCUCAGUGAAGGAGGAGACAGCGCUGCAGCUCUUCCUGCUGAUGACACUGUUGUCAUACCAAAUGCUGGUGCAGAGGAAGCAGCUGCUGAGCCUGACUCACAGUUGAGUCCUGUCACGGCUCCCAGUGUGUUCCAAAGGCUGCAAGGGGAGCAGGUCACACAUCCGUGGGCAAGGAGAGGUCGCAGCCAACAGCGAGUUGGUGGUUCCCAGAGGACAAUCAGUGCCAGGGCAGCAUUGGAGAGUUACUUUCAACUCAGCAGGACCCAACUGCCAGCUGCAGAGCCAGUUCUGCAUAUGGAGCCCCUGCAUACUGCAGAGGACAGCCAGGAACACAGCUCAGAUGAAACAAUAGAAAUAAGUGAGACUCCCAGCAGCACUUCUACCGAGGAGGAAGAGGAAGUGCUGGGGACUGCAGCACCACUGUUACCAUCAGCUCGGGAGACACCUCUGACAGCUAGCUUGGAAGCUUCCAGUCAGAUCCAAGGAGAGCCACCUCAAGCGUUGUCUCAAGCUUCUGCAGUACACAGAAGUCAUGAAGGUGAAGGGGCUGAAGUCCAGCUAAAGCAGAGAUCUCCGCUAAAGGGACUGGAGCCAUCAGUUCCUGCUGCACCGCUGGAUGAGGAGGAAGGGGAUACCUGUGCAAUCUGCUUUGAGCAGUGGACCAACAGUGGGGACCACCGUCUCUCAGCACUGCGGUGUGGACACCUAUUUGGCUAUAUAUGCAUCAAAAAGUGGCUCAAGGGACAGGAAGGAAAGUGUCCCCAGUGCAAUAAGAAAGCAAAAUCUUCUGACAUUGUGAUCCUGUAUGCUCGCACUCUGAAAGUGCUGGAUACCAGUGAGCAAGAAUGGAUGAAAAGCUCCCUAAAAAAGGAGCAAAUGUUGCGAAGGCAGGCAGAGCUGGAAUCUGCACAGAGCCGUCUCCAGCUGCAGGUUUUGACAGACAAAUGCAGCAAACUCCACAAGCAAGUUCAGGAGCUGAGGGCUCUGAUGGCCCAGCACAAUGCAAGUGCUUCUGAGCAACCCGGCAGCUCCCGUACCUGCCUUCCAGGCAGCCUGCCCUCCAGCCAAAGCCAGUGCAAGUACCACCUGGAAAAGGUUUUCAUGGUGUCUCAAUCUGGGAACUGCAGAGUAAUGGCAUACUGUGACUCACUGAGCUGCCUUGUGGUAUCACAGCCUUCUCCAGAGUCUACUUUAAUUCCUGGUUGUGGUGUUAAGAUGCUGAGCGUGGCCAACCUGAGGAGCAGUCAGUACAUCCCCAUCCACAGUAAACAGAUUCGGGGCCUGGCUUUCGGUGGUAGAGCGGAUGGCUUGCUGCUCUCUGCUGCUCUGGACAAUGCUCUCAAACUUACCAGCUUGGCAACAAAUACUGUGGUGCAGACAUACAACACUGGCCGCCCUGUCUGGAGCUGCUGUUGGUGUCUCGAUGACACAAACUACAUCUAUGCUGGGUUGGUCAAUGGCUCUAUCAUGAUAUAUGAUUUGAGACACACAAACUCUCAUGUCCAGGAACUAGUUCCCCAGAAGUCCAGGUGCCCCAUGGUAUCGCUGUCCUAUCUGCCCCGGAUGGCCUCAGCUUCACUGCCCUACGGUGGAAUUUUAGCUGGGACCUUGGAAGGAGCCUGCUUUUGGGAACAGAAAGCUGGCAACUCUUACCAGCCUCAUCACCUGCCACUGGAACCUGGAGGAUGCAUUGAUCUUCAGGCAGAGAUCAACACACGGCACUGCCUCGCAACAUACAGGCCCAGUAAAAAUAACCCAUGUGUGCGUUGUGUGAUGAUGGAGCUGACUUGCAGCCCUCUGGCAGAGGCCUCUGAUGACCUUGUGUGGUGUUCUAACCUGGUUCAGACUUUCAGUGCUGGUCCCACCUGCAAGCUGCUGACCAAGAAUGCCAUUUUCCAGAGCCCAGAGGAGAAUGGCAGCGUCUUUGUGUGUGCUGGUGAUGAGGCAUCCACUUCUGCCCUGGUAUCUCUUGUUCUUUCAUUGUGGUGGUGGGUUUUACUGUGGUUCUUAAAAGAGAAGCCUUAUCAGUCACAGCAUCAGUGGUUUUUGGUGGGAAUUGCCUUGUCAUGCACAUCACCCUGUACAGGUUGGGUUGUUGUAAUUGCUGUAGCAGGUGUGACUUUCUGAUAGUGUGGGACUGUUUGUAUUAGCCAUGGCUUGUGGUCCACAUCCAUCGAAAGGAAUGUAUGCAGUGUCCACCGGAGGAUUGGGGGUGGGUAUGCUGGCACAACUGGGUACUGUAAAUGGUGUAAUGCUCAGUAGGAUAGCUCACAUGGUAAGUGCUGUGAGGGACAGACCAAGGCUCUUUGGGAAUGACUGGAAAGGCGAGGAAAAGGGUUGCCUUUUAUAAAAAGGCAGCUCAGAUGCAGAAGAUGGACAACAGUCUGUAUGAGAGUUCAUGGGUCAGGAUGAGAGGAGAGGGCACUGAGGGUGACAUCAUGCUGCAAGACUGUUAAAGAGCAUCCAAGCGGGGUGUGAAGGUAGAGAAAGGGUCCUGUAAGUCACUUGAAGGAAGUCUCUCUAGAGGAAGGAAGCUCUGUUCUGGAUGGGAGAGGAGAAUCCUGCAGUCUUUGACCUUGUCUGUCCUACAGCUAUGGGAUGCUGGAAGCGGGUCCUUGCUGCAGAAGCUGCAGGCUGACCUGCCUGUGCUGGACAUCUGCCCCAUGGAAGUGAACCAAGCCCACCUCCUGGCUGCUCUGACAGAAAGGCUGGUGAAGAUCUACAAGUGGCGGUGAGAGUGGUCCCUAUGCCUGCCAGAGGGGCUUUCCAGAUAUGCUGAUUAACCCUACACAAUGCUCCAUCCUAGACUGCUGUCCUACACAUGCUGCUUACAGGAGACAGGAACUUCCAUGGCCCCUUUCUGCGAGCAGGCAGGAACGGCCAUGUCCUGGUGCCAGGAGCAAUUUCCUUUUUCCUCCAUGUUCCUUUUAGGCCUGCCUGUAUUUCAAUUCUGUGACUCUGUUAUUUGGUCAGUUUUCUUCAGCCAAACUCUUCACGCUGCCUCAGCACAGCAGUAGUUCUUGGCUUCUCUCCAGUGUGUGUUGCUGAUUUUAUUUUUUUCCAGUGUGAAUAGAGCGCAGGCACUUGCAAAUCUCUUCUAUGAAUCAACAAAAUAAGAGGGAACUUGAAGACCUGAGACUCACACUGCACUUUCCUGUGGAGUCCUGCUGUGUUUACUGGUAGUGAAGAGGUGGCAAUAUUGGCAUCUCACUAGCAUUGAUGACACCGGGUGUAAAAGCGAGUCUGCUGCUUUAGAGAACAUACUCCUGUGUUCUUUUGAAGAUCUAGGAUCAGUUGGCAGUUACUCCUUGACAAGGACAGACCCUGUUUUGUGGCCAUGGAGAGAACAGGCUUGGAAGAUCUACAGAGAACCUUUUUCUGUGGGUUUUACUUUUCCUUGAGCGUAUAAUUUGCACUGUGAUUCCUUAAUUCUCUGCCCUCCUUUCCUUCCCCUUCUCUUCCCUGCUUCACCUACAAGCAAACUUGGGACAGUUUGGCUGUGGAAAAAGAAGCUGUAGUACUGGAGGACAGGUAAGGAAGAGAGAGAUGAUUCUUGUACUGUUGGCUGCAGCAUCCCACGGUGUCCUUUCUUAAAGACAGUGAUGUACCAAAACAGCCAGUACCUUGGAAAAGAAUGCUGGCUGCUUUUUGGAGUUUUUUGGGGAUUUUUUUUUUUUUUUUUUUUCCACUUUGAGGAGCUGGUGGGAACUCAGGGAUGUCAUCAGCUUGCUUUUGCUGACCUUUUGCCUGCCCGUAAGGUGGGAUCACAAGUUGGAUGUGUGCCGGCCAGGUGGGCUCUUACACCCCUACCUAAGGAUGCGGUAAGGGGUGUGAAAAGAUCUCUGCUUCACUUUCUAUAUUUUCUGUAUAGUAUUUUGUUCCUCUAUUUUUAUAUACUGUAACAUAUUGUAAAAAUAAAGUUUGUCAUUUUCAAAUACA